AUGGCAGAAACUCAUCUCGACGAGCAAGCCGAAGCUCUGCUAUCCAAGACGUUGAAUCCACGAGACUUGACUCCGUUACCUGCUGAGCUCGCGACCCUCGGCUGCCGAAUCCGUUACUUUUUCUUGGUAUGGACUGUCAAGAUCACCAUCGCAGUCCAACUGGCAUAUCUGCGUCUCUUCUAUCCGACGUCUGAUGAGAUUCGACCGACAUUGAUCAAAUCCUACGCUUGCCGACCACAGCUUCCGGUGCGCAUUUUCAUGCCCAAGUCUCGAAGCCAGGAAAACCAGAGCCCUCUACCACUGUAUAUCAGCAUUCAUGGCGGAGCAUUCGCGACCUGUGAUGCUUCGAUUGACGAUUCAUUCUGCCAGUCCUGGUGUGAGCGUACAGGCAUGAUAGUGGCCAGUCUCAAUUACCGCAAAGCCCCGAUGCAUCGAUUUCCCGUUCCCGUGCUCGACGUUGCUGCAGUCGCACGCGCCGUCUUGGACGACGCAACAUUGAACAUUGACAAGACUCGCAUAGUCAUGGCUGGCUUCAGUGCCGGCGGCAAACUGGCAUUGACAUCUUGCCAGCUGCCCGAGCUACAAGGCAGGAUCACCGCUGCGAUAUCCUAUUUCCCAAUUGUAGACUGGAGCGCCCCUCCACAUCACAAAUGGGCCCAACGACUGUACACGGAAAAGGCGACCGAGUCACUAAACACCGCCGGUCCGGCUUUGGACUGGGCCUAUGUGCCCUCGGGCCAAGACCGCAAAGCCAAACUGCUCAGUCCUUGCUAUGCCGAGAGAGAGGAACUGCCGAAAUGGGUGUGUCUGAUUGGAGCGCAACACGACAUGCUCUGUCGCGAAUCUCGAGAUAUGAUUUAUUCGCUUGCAGACGAACCCGUCCCCGAAAAGGGCUGGGACCAAGGCUGGGAAAAGGGGACUUACAAGUGGCUUCUCGCAAUGGGUGUGAGGCAUGGCUUCACCGAUGAGUUUCGCAAGAAAAGGGGUCAGGGAUCUGCAAAACGAAGAGAAGUGUGCGAGGAAGUGUAUGCUUCCGUACACGAAUGGCUGGAAACCAAGGUUUUCGCAACAGGAUCGAGAGGGUGA